AUGGAGAGAUCUUCUGCUGAAGGUGUCUUACAAAACUCUCAUGAAGAAAGAAAACUUUAUGCAGUUGAUUCUUUAAACAACUUAAAUGAACAAAGCAUUUGUGUGGAUCGAUCUCCACAACAACCAGUCUUGGAAGAGCAUUUAGACAGUACUGGCUGUUUGACAAAGCAAAGCAGCGGGAAAUGCCAAAGUUGGUUCUUUGUCACAUUGAUCAUUACUUUAAUAGUCAGCCUGGCACUUGUUUCCUUUGUAAUAAUCUUAGUAGUUCACACUGGAGACAAGAUGGCUGAAGUUUCAAGAAUGGUAGUACUGGAGAGGAAGAGCAUUGAAGACCUUAAGAAAUUAAAUGACAUGAUUUUACAAUACCUUAACCAGACAGAAUGGAUGGAAAAUAUAGGAAACCUCAGUGCAAUGCAAACAAGAUAA